UGGACGCCGCCUCUCACCCAUGCCGCCCGCCGGCUCCCGACCACCUUAUAAUAUCCCCAGCCUAUUCCCAUUCCUCGCCCCGCCCUGCCCCUCCGCGGCCGCCGCCUUAGCGACAUCUGCAGCUGCACGCCCAGACCAACCCGCACUCCCGCCCAGACCCGUCUACCCGCGCAGUCCCUCGCGGCACACAGCACUUGGCUCUGGAUCAUCUCCCCGGCGCACAAGCGGAUCGUCCGACUCCGAACGCAUAGAGACCUGGCAGAGACAGCGCACCGCUGGAUUCCUCCAUGGCUACGCCCAGCACGACCUCCCUGACCGCCAACCCGACCACUCCUUAUUUUGCAGACGACCAGGAGUGGAUCACUGCCUACCUCACAUCCAUGUCCUCUCUAAAGACAGCAUGGUUAUGCCUUCGUUCUCUGGAUUGCCUUCGCCGCCAUUGUCGUCGUGUACGGCUCUUCCACCUCACCGGCCUCCGCGGAGGCUGGUUCGGCGCCCUCUGGAGCAAAGGGGAACCCAUAGGCACCCUGCCCCUUCCGUCCAACGCCCAAAUCCUCACGCUCACUUUCCUCGUCUGCGCUACGCUGGCUGUAUCAUUUGUCGGGCCCGACUACUUCGCCCCGGGCUCUAAUAUCCUCACCGUGCACAACACCACCACCGUGCUCGUAGCAAUAUCACCUGACUACACCAUCCGCAAGGCGUGGUGGACGUCUGGCAACAGGACUGGUGUUAUUGCUUUCGCGCUCUUCCCGCUGUGUGUUCUCCUGGCCCUCAAGCUGCCGCCAUUCGCCAUUCUCUCGCUGCCCUUUGUGCUGCACAUCCACUUUGACAAGCUGGCCUGGCUGCACAAAUGGAUCGGCCGCCUCAUCUGGUUCUGCUCUGCAAUGCACGUCGCUCUAUGGAGCGUGCAACUGCUUGUUGAGCGCAGACCCAGCACAGGGAAGGUUGUGUAUGCAUACGCGUGGGACUACACCAACUUCAUCUACGGCUGGAUCGCGUUCGGCGUCAUGACCCUGCUUGUAUUCUCUUCAUUUCGACCCAUCCGACGAGCACAUUACGAAAUCUUCUACGGCCUGCACGUCCUCCUGGUUCCGCUGACCCUCAUCUUCAGCGCAUUGCACCACCCGCCGGUCUGGUGGUGGUGCUGGGGUGCGCUGGCGGUGUUCGUGUGGUGGCUGAACACAAACGGCUACUUCGAUGCUAUUCUGGGACCACCACCCAGCAAGACGCUCGCACACCCGCCGCCCGAGAACCUCGAAAUGGCGCGCCUCGGGGCCCCGAGCUCACCACAUCCGAGCCUCUAUCCCAGCACGCCCACCAGUCCUGCGUUGAAGCUGGGCGCCGACGUCGCGUUCGCGCGGUCGGCGAAGCUCUCGUUCGGCGCGUCGGGGAGGUACGUGCCGCCUGCGGGCUUCGCGCACGCCGAACUCCUCCCUGGACGCACCAUUCGUCUCCGGCUUAUCACCCCGGGCUAUCUGCCAUGGGCGCCUGGGCAGCACUUCUUGGUGCAGUGCCCUGCCAUAUCCCGGUGGACGACGCACCCCUUCACGAAUGCCACCAUCUGCGACCAGGAGGCGCCGAAUGACGAGGGCCGGGAGCUGGUCUUUCUCAUCCGAGCGAAGAACGGGUGGACGAAGCGCCUCUGGGACGCGAUUGCAACUAUGAUCGCGCGGGGGCAGAAUCACGCACAAGGCGAGAAACUGCGUGUCAACACCAUUGCACCUCCAAGAGGUGUGCUCCUCCGGACGCUUGUGGACGGCCCUUGCGGGUCAGCUGCCCGGGCGCGCUGGGGUGAGUUCUCGACGUUUGCCCUCUCGGUCCUGCAGUACAUGACGCUCUGCAUGUCCGGGCGGGACGGGCAGUAUCUGGGUGGCAAGAAGGGCGGCUGGGGCCAGCCCGGCUUCAAGACGAAGCGCGUCCGCUUUGUAUGGCUCGUUCGAGAGUUCGGUCACAUACAGUGGUGUGCCACGCUGCUGCGUCGCUGCAUGACGAUGAUCCCCGCGCCGGAGCUGCAGGUCGACAUCUUCGUCACGAACGUCAAGGCAGGUCCGAAGUCGGCGCCGGCGCUGCGGCGUGUGCCGUCCGACCACGAUGUCUUCGCCCCGCCCGCACCUCGGUUUGCACGCCAGACACAUCUUUCUCCGAACGAGCGCCCCGAGUCGGUCGCGUCUGUUGAUAGCGACUAUGAGUCCGAAAUGGAGAGCUUUGUGGACCUCAGCUACUAUACUGGCGAGUUUCAUGAAGAGAAUGGCGAGCUGGGGCACGAGGAGCACGUACUCGACCUCACGAACUUUGAGGGCGACGACGACACCGCGAUGCCGGGCGAGUCGCAGUUCAACCAGUCUGUGAAGCGGGAAGGAAGGCUGCGGAGAGCUGCGUCGCAGCGGGCUGCUAACCUUCUGAAGUCGAAGAAGAAGCAGAGGCGCGACAGUCGGAAUGACCACUAUCCACCAGCGCAAGCGCAAGGCUCCUCAGUCCGCCUUGUCGACCGCAAUCCUAGUGACGAUAUGUCGUCGGCAUCAAUACAGGAACAGCGUCGAGACGCAUUGCUACCCAUUUACACGGACGUCGAGCCAGCGUCGUCCUCCAAAUCACCUGCGUCCGCACACCCAUUCUUUUCCCCCUCGCCCCUAUCCGUGCAGUCACCACACUCAACGCUCGUCCCGAACUCUUCAACAAGCACCCUCCCCGGCUUCUCAGACUCGCCCAACCCAAAUCCGAAACGGUCGUCAGAGAUGAGUGCGUGGUCCGAGGCGGGCAGCCUCGCGGCGCUGAUCUCGGAGGUGGACGUGCCGAGGAGCAAGAGCGGCGAACAGAUCAAGCUGGAGCUCGACGAGCAGGAGGUGCAGGAUGUGGGCUUUGUGGCGGAGCAUGCGCGCCCGGGCAAGCCGAAGCUCGACCGGAUACUGGCGGACGAGGUGCAGCAGGCGCAGGGUGCCAUCGUCGUUGGAUGCUGUGGGCCUUUAACACUCAAUGCCGUCGUGCGCAAAGUGAUAGCGGCGCAGAUCGACCCUGGGCGGAUACGCCGGGGAGACAUGAGCGGGUCCAUCACGUUGAUCUCUGAGGACUUCGAGUAUUGAUUCACUGUUCCGUGCCUCGCCCUCGUGCCGACUUUAUCUUUUCCGUCGGUCGCCGAGCACCAUUCAGCCAUUGCAUAUGUUUAUUGCCAGUUCUUCGUCGUCAUUAGUAUGCCAUGGACCCUACCCAUACUGUAUCUCUACUGCAUCAUUACCCUCGUAGACUAGUAUCAGCUUCGCACCCAAUUUGAACCCAUUAGCAUUGCUUUGGUAA